AUUGCGUCACUUCCGCCUCCUCCAAAGUAAAGCCAAGAUGGCGGCUGUGGUGGAGAGAGUUGAUGCGAAUGUGGGGUCCUUGGAUUCGGACGUGGUGUCAGCGAGGCAGAGCAGCCCGCCUUUGGACCAACCGGACCAGAACAACCCGCUGCUCGGGCUGCCCAUCGUUGCCAUAGAGACGAUUCUCAACUUUCUGUCUUACGACGAAAUCAGCCUGCUGCGCUCGGUGUGUAAGCGCAUGGACAUGAUCUGCCAGCGGGUCCUGAACCAGGGCUUUCUGAAGGUCGAGCGCUACCACAGCCUGUGUCAGAGGCAAGUCAAGGCCCAGCUGCCUAGGCGCGAGUCAGAGCGGAGGAAUCACUCACUGGCCCGCCAUGCUGACAUCCUGGCGGCGGUGGAGACUCGACUCUCUCUGCUCAACAUGACCUUCAUGAAGUACGUGGACUCGAACCUCUGCUGCUUCAUCCCGGGAAAGGUCAUCGAUGAGAUCUACCGUGUGCUGCGCUAUGUCAACUCCACAAGAGCGCCCCAACGGGCUCACGAGGUUCUGCAGGAGCUCCGGGACAUAUCGUCCAUGGCAAUGGAGUACUUUGACGAAAAGAUUGUCCCCAUCCUAAAGAAGAAGCUGACUGGGGCUGACCUGUCCGGGCGCCUCAUCGGCUCAGCUCCAGUGGCCGGACCUUCCACCUCUUUGACCACCAUGUCUCUACUGGCCAAGAACACGCCGUCGCGCUCGGAGAUGACCAAGGUGCAGCAGCAGGUGAAGGUGAACGGGGCCUCCAUGACAGUGCUGCGCAGGGAAAUGCAGGAGAUCCGCGUGAAGCAGCUGGAGCAGCAGAAGCAGCUGCAGGACCAGGAGCAGAAGCUGCUGGAGCAGACGCAGGUGAUCGGCGAGCAGAACGCCCGCCUCGCCGAGCUGGAGCACAAGCUCCGUGAACUGAUGGAGAGCAACGCCGCCAGCGUGGGAGGCAGCCGGCCCAGCGCCACCGUCCCCUCCACGUCCAGCGGCGCCACCGUCUCCCCUGCCGCCAGCACCACGCCCGCUGUGCCCGUGUUAGCUGCGGCAGUGGCGCAGUAUUCGCCCAGGGAGUCGGAGGAGGACUUGUCUCCGUCACUGAAGCGCUCCAGGAAGAGCUCCGACUUCCCUCGCCAGUCCAAACGACUGCGCUGCAAGAAAUAAGACUCUGAGCUGAAGAAGUUGUGACGGAUCACACACUCACCCCCUGCUCAUCCGUCGACACCAAACAUCCUGUGGUGGAAAUGUUCACCUCUGGUUUCACACGUGUGUAGAACUCGGCUGACCUCUCAGCUGCUUCAGAAGAGAUGUCCAUCAUGUCCAUGUGUCCUAGCGACGAGACCCCAGCUUCUUCUGAGGACAGAAGAGCUGAAGUCUCCUCCUGAAUCUGAUGAAGUGCAAUAAUAGUGAUCAUGUUAGGAGCCUCACAGACCUUCUCCAUAUCUACAUGUGUCUCGAUCCUCACGUCUGCACGGCAGGAGGACUGAGCUGAUGUUCUGGCAUCCUCAGUCUCAGUUGCUGCAGCAGCUGUGUGUCACUGGAGGUCAGAGUUCAUGUUCUGGGGCCGAGUCCUUCACUGACACCUGGAGCUGUUUCUUCACCACUGGCCCGUUUUAACACCUUGGAUCAUGAGAGUCGUGUCCAGUCUGAGGUUACUGGCUGCGGAAAAUGAUCAUGAAACUGAACGACUUUACUGUAGAAGGAAGCAGAAGUGGGACGUCUGAUGAACAUUCUUGUCAAAGCUAUUUAUGUGUUGCUGCCGUCAGUCUGCUGGAGUCUAGAGGUCCAGAAAUAUGUGGCUCAGUCUGGAUGGUGGCGCGUCUGCCAUUGGAAGAUGAUGCAAUGAAGUUGGUCCACCAAAGUUGGAAGGGUUCACUCUGGGGGCCACACACACGUCACCUCAUUCUCAUGCCGCCCCACGUGACCCCUCAACAUGAAGAUGAACUUGUGCUGGCAGCCCAGCCCUGGACUGGUCACACAACUCAAGUGGAGACCCCCCCACAACCCACCUUUUUUUUUUUUUUUUUUUUUUUUUAACCUGAGUCGAGACAUUUUGAGAAGGUGUUGGUGGGAAGGCAGGUGUGGAGGACGUGUCCCUCUUGAGAGCUGGACUAUCAUGUUGUGUUGAUGUGUUUGUGUGUGACAUUUCAUGUAACUGAGCAAACUGUUGGGAAACGGUGGCCAAACCUCUGUUGCACAUGUUUCUGUUAGAAAUGUACAAUCAAAGCUAUUAAACCCACUCCAGCGA